AUGGCCAUCCCCGAUGUCGUCGGCCUUAACCAGGACCUGAUCAAAAUCGCCGAUAGGCUCACCGGAGGGCCAUCCCACCUUCAGGUUAUCCCAAUCGUGGGGAUGGGAGGAAUCGGGAAGACCACACUGGCCAAGAAUGUUUAUCACCAUCCGUUGACCACGGAUGCUUUCAUGGUUAGGGCUUGGGUGACUGUAUCACAAGAUUACAAGCCCCAGAGUAUUUAUACCGCCCUCCUAGCUUGCUUUAAACAAGUGGAAAAUGAGAGCUCUGGGCAGGAAAAGGUUCACAAAUUCUUGAAGGGCAGGAAGUACCUCAUCGUGUUGGAUGAUUUAUGGAGCCAUGGUGCUUGGGAUGAUGCUAGCAUUUGUCUUCCGGAUGACGGAAACGGGAGCCGAGUCGUUAUAACCACGAGGUUAGUGGAUGUGGCUACUUAUGCCGGCUCUUCCAGCGACGUUCAUCGCAUGCGUUUCAUGGGCUGGGACGAAAGCUGGGAUCUGCUCAAGAAGAAAGUGUUUCCCAGUAGUGAUUGUCCAUCUUAUUUGGUGCACAUUGGAAUGAAGAUCUCAAGAAGGUGCGGUGGAUUGCCACUUGCAGUUGUGCUAGUUGCAGGCAUGUUGUCCACGGUGUUGAAGACUGGAUUCUCAUAGAAAGAAGUUGAGAAGAAGGUAGACUCAGCUAGGGAGUUGGAUGAGAUAAUAUCUUUAAGUUAUACCAACUUGCCUCAUCAUUUGAGGCCAUGCUUCCAAUACAUGGUAGCCUUCCCAGAAGAUCAUGAGAUUCGUGCCUCGAAGCUCGUCAAGCUAUGGAUUGCUGAAGGAUUUGUCGA